UGAUGAUUUAGGUAAGAAAAAAAACAACGAAGAAAAUUAUCAUUUUUAUGAAUCACAUCCGAACAUGUAGUUAAAUAAUCUCACGAGAGAAAUAACAGACUUUUGGGAAUGUUAUAGAAUAGAUGCGAAGUAAUUAGUUAUUAUUCUAUAAAAUUGUCAUAAAUCUUCAAGGACUAAAUUGAUUUGUUAGUCAUUUUCAUGACGACAGUCAUAUGUUAUGUUACUAUAUAUACACCUGAUGAAGAACAGUGAAGAAGUAAAAAUAACAAUAGGAAAAGAAAAACAGCUGUUAAGGUCUGUCAAAGAACCAAAAAAAAAAGCGAAUUGAAUAUAUUUUCAUUAAAAAAAAUGCUAAGAAUUUGUACAAAUAUUUACAAUGUGAGAUAAAAUAUUUUAUCUAUAAGAAAAAAAAACAUAUUUGUUUAUUCUUAAUAAAAAUUUCCCACCUACUCUUUUGUGUACUCAAAAAGUGAGUAUACUCUAGAAUCGGUCAGUGUGCCCAUCCGGCCGUAUACACGAUAACGUUUGAAAGGAUAGUCAGAUUGAGCUGAAAUUUUGUGCACAAUUCAAUCUCAUCAAGAUCUCGUUUGAGUUCGAAGAUGAGCCUAAUUGACCGGGCCAUUCCCGAGUUAUUGCAAAAAUACUGAUAUUUCCCUAUGAUUUUCGUAUACACUUUUUGCAGUACACAUAACUCUCAAAUAAAAUACGAAGUUUCCACAUUUAUUUUUAAAUAUAAUUUAAUUUUAGAAUCAUUACCAAAAACAGCAACACUUCGAAAACUGAAUGAUCUGAUUAAACGUGCUCGUUUGGCUAAAGUGCAUGCAUUAAUUGUUAGCGAGUUAAAAGAAAGUAUGCCGAGUGUAUUUGGAAAAGAUUCGAAACGUAAAGAAUUAAUUAAUAAAUUACAUCUUGUUUAUGAAAAAAUACAACGUGAACAUAAUAUUCCAUUAGGUGAUUUUCCUAAAAUCGAACGUAUGCAAGAAUUAUUACGAAAUAUGGAUUUUACUAAAUUUAAACCAUUGGAUAAAAAAUUACUUGAACGUGUUGACAAAAUGCUUGCUGAAGAUGUACCAAAAUUAAUGAAUAUGAUUCCACAAGAAGAACAUGCUUAUUUACAAUUACAAACUCAAACAGCAAAUACUACAACUCAAGGAAAUACAAUUUUUACUGAUCAACAAGCAACACCAUUUGAAUUGGGUGGUGUUGAAGGUAUUAAUGAAGGUUUUGGAGAAAAUGAUUGGAUUGUUACACGAUCAAGACAUGAAUACGAUCAAAUAUUUACUCAACUUUCACCACAAAAUGGUAAAAUAAGUGGUGCAGCAGCUAAACAAGAAAUGAUUAAAUCGAAACUUCCAAAUAAUGUACUAGGUCGUAUAUGGAAAUUGAGUGAUGUUGAUAAAGAUGGUAUGCUUGAUAUUGAUGAAUGGGCUUUAUCUCAACAUCUCAUUAAAGUUAAAUUAGAUGGCCAUGAAUUACCAAGUGCAUUACCUGAACAUCUUAUACCUCCUAGUAAACGUCAUUUAAUUUCACGUGAAAAUACAACAGAUGGAAAUGCUAGUCUUUAUCCAACAAUUGGUAAUGGUGGUGAACAACAUGUUACUGGCGAUAGUUGA